CCUUUGGCAACACAAUCAACCGUGUUCCUGAUUCUUUUCUUCUUCUUCGUCUUCCUCUUUGGCAUUUUCCUUUCUUAUUUAUCUACUCUUUCUCCAGAGCAGUGAAAAAUAAUGGAGAAAUUUGAAAGUGAAUGAAUACGCUAUUGAUUGAUUGCAAUAUCGAAUUUCAGUAGAGGCAAUUACAGUCACAGUUACUCUGUUGGUCACCUAGCUUUCAGUUUAUGAACAAAGGGUAAUGGGAUCUUUAACCCACCUGCUAUCUGCCACAUCGGCGGUUACUCUGCGACGUGCAUGUCAUAAACAGCUACAAUUGGUGAAAACCCAAAAAGUGCCAAACCGUAUGACCUUUCCAUGUAUGAGCUGUAAGCCAUUCUCUGUCUGCUGCUCAAAGCAGUCUCCAUGGGAACCUUCACCUGUCACUUAUGUCCCUAGUGACAAUAUUGAAGAUAAAUUUCUGGAAGGGUCAAGCAAUAUAUUUGAAACCAUGUCUUCCAGUAAACCAUCUGAAUCUACAUUAACUGAGGCUGAAGGGCUCACUGAUGCAAAAAACCAGCCACUAAUGCAGCUUCAAUACCUUCAAUGGCCUGUGUGGCUUCUUGGCCCUGCCAUUCUCUUAGCCACUGGGAUGGUGCCCACUUUGUGGUUACCUAUUUCAUCAGUUUUCAUUGGUCCCAACAUAGCCAGCCUUCUUUCCUUGACUGGACUUGAUUGUAUUUACAAUCUCGGAGCAAACCUAUUUCUUCUGUUAGCUGAUUCUUGUGCUCGCUCACCAGACACCAGUGAAGAUUCCACCAGCAAGCCGCCUUUCGGUUAUCAGUUAUGGAACAUGGUCGCGAACAUUAUGGGUCUAGUCAUUCCCUUGGUAGUAUAUUUUGCUUCUCAGAACAGUUUCCUUCAGCCUCAACUUCCUUUCAUUUCUUAUGCUGUGCUCUUGGGUCCCUAUCUUCUGCUUCUAUCUAUACAGAUACUCACAGAGAUGCUGACAUGGCAUUGGAAGUCACCAGUAUGGUUGGUGACCCCAGUAGUCUAUGAAGCGUAUCGUGUUUUACAACUAAUGAGGGGGUUAAAGCUCAGUGCAGAACUCAAUGCACCAUCAUGGAUGCUGCAUACCAUUAGGGGGCUAGUCUGUUGGUGGGUUCUCAUUCUUGGCAUGCAGCUCAUGAGAGUCGCUUGGUAUGCUGGUUUCACUGCUCGGGCUCAUCAGAAACAUCUGCAUGCCUUGCCCAGCGCCGAUUAGGUCCAAAUGAUAUAACUUCAUUUCCGGGUUUAAAGAAAAUGGCUGUAUAUGUAAUUCAGUUAUUACACACUUCCCUCUUUUCUUUCCAUUCCUUGUUAUUGUAAUGUUAUACAUAAGAAGUUGGCCUUCAGAGAUUACAACAAUGAUGUAUGAUACCAGAGAAGAAACAGUAAAAAAGCUUAUACAUCUAGAUAAUUGUUUAUUGAAAGAUG